UGUUUCUAUUAUUUCAGAUUAACAAUGUAAGUAUUAAGACUGGAGUCUGAGAGUAUGCUUGGAGAGAUAUGAAUUCCUAAAGAAUAGAAUAUGUAAAUCUUACAGGAUGGAGAAUAUGUAAGGAUUGGAGACUAGAGAUUGGAGACUUCAGAGAGAGCGGAGAAGGUAUACAGGAUGGAGCAUGGAGAACUGGUGGAGGAGAUGGCAACAAUUGAUCGUCUCACCACAGCCGAAAGAUUACGGCUAGCAAGGAAGAGAAGGGGACAGCAAUUGAAAAGAUGGGCACAGAGGGAGAGGGAGUACAAUUUGAAGAAGAAGGCCGGCUUGUCCUCGGAGCAGGAGAAGAAGGUUGACAAGAUAACCUUCGUCCCCUCCAUCAUGUUGCUGGAAGCAGCGGCUAGGAAUGAUCUAGAUGAGGUUCGACGGCUCCUGGAGCUCAAGGUUAGUCCUGAUAGUACUAAUGAGGACGGAUUAACAGCUCUCCAUCAGUGCUGUAUAGAUGAUAGUGAAGAAAUGAUGAAAGUACUGGUUGAGUUCGGAGCAGAUGUGAAUGCCGCGGAUUCAGAGCAGUGGACUCCUCUUCAUGCCGCUGCAACCUGCGGUCAUCUUCAUCUUGUCAAAUUCUUAAUCGAGAAAAGUGCAAACCUAUUGGCGGUAAACGGAGACGGAAAUAUGCCCUACGAUAUCUGCGAGGACGAGACUACUCUCUCAUUUAUUGAGAACGAGAUGGCGAAGAGGGGGGUUACCCAGGAUCUUAUUGAUUUAACACGAGCAGAGACUGAAACUAAGAUGCUCAAGGAUCUGAUAGCACUGGCUAAGGAAGAAGGGGACCUGGAGUUCAGAGAUGAGUAUGGUGCAACCCCACUCCAUAUUGCAGCAGCGAACGGAUACCUUCUUGUACUUGAGUUUCUAAUGGACAAUCAUUGUUCAACAGAGGUUACAGACCUAGACCUCUGGCAGCCUCUACAUGCUGCAGCCUGCUGGGGACAUCUUGAGGCAGUAGAGAUACUAGCACAGAACGGAGCAGAUAUCAGUGCUCUCACCAAGUCCGGAGAAACUCCGUUUGAUAUUACCGAGGAUCCGGAUAUUAAAGAUAGAUUAGUCGAGCUUGCAGAACAGAGACUGAGAUUGUCGGAACCCAGGGGGAAACGUGGUCGUUCCUCCUCAACCCGAACCCACUCAAUCCGUAGAACUUCACUCCGGGAUAAGAUGAAAACUACGAAGAAGGAUGUGACUGAGGAAGGAUUGAUUUAUAUGAAAACAGUAACGAAACCCUCUAGAGAAGAAUCCAACCUGGACGAACUUCAACACUCGGACGAUGUUGUUGAUGUUGGAGACGUUCAGUUAAACAUUCCCACCUCCUUCUCCUCUCCGUCCAAUAAACCAGUUCAACAUGUUUCUCCUCAACCCAAGAGCGUAGACCUGGAAAGUCCUCCGGUUCGUCCCUCCAGGUCCGACCGGAGACAAUCUAAUCUUGAGGAUCAGUCUCCGAGUAUAACUGCAAGUCUGGUACCUCCAACCGGAUCCUCUUCAAUGUGGCCGAAUAGUAGUAGUGGAACCGAACCAAUAAACAUCCAUGUUUCCGUUACCAUUAACCCAGGAGUGGUUUCACAGAGUAAUUUCUCCUCCUCCGGAACCCUGGCGGACCUCAAGCGAACUAGAUCCCAGAACCGGGUUUCAGGAAGCAAUUCAUCAUCAAAUAUAUCCAUCAACUCGACAUCAGGGAUGGAGAAGGAACCUGUUGUCAAUAUGAAACCUCACGUUGAGCGGAGAGAGAGAUUAAUAUCUCAGGAGAAUACAGGCUCUACUUCUAGUCCAUCCAGCGGCAGGAAGAAGUUUGCAGCCAGUAGUGUUGAAGUGGUUGGACCACCGCCGGGUAAAAAAGGAUGCUGCCAAAUAUUCUAAAUUUACAUUUAUUCUUCAAGCAAAUUCUGCUCUGAUGUUAAGUACUUUGACAUUAAACAAGAUCAAUGAUCUCGUUUCUAACUAAUCAAUGAACUAAAUUAAAUGAUGAUCACGUGACUAAAGUACCACCUGAAUCUGACACACGAAGAUGACAUUUUAGUAGAUCUUCUUUUUCAGGAGACACAAGUUUUAGAAGAAUAUAUCAUAACUAAUUAAACAUUAUUAUAUUUAACAGCUGAUGCUUUUGUGACUUGUCAAAAUCUGUCAAAUAAGAAGUGAUGGAAAAUGAGCACAAGUAUUUUGCACAUACUGGUGAUAAAGCUAGAACUGAAACAUAUCCAUCAAUUGGAACAAUUCGUCCCGAUUUUACAAUUGUUCAGAUCAAAAGUGUUGUUACCGUACCGCUGUACCUAGAUUCAAACUCUUCUAACCGUUAUCUAAAUGUUGACACGACCACUUUGUUGUAAUCAACUGAUUGCAUAACAUUUUGCUGACAAUUUCCAAAAAUAUUUUCUAAAGCUGAAAAAUUCCUUUUUUAAAUAAUUCUGUUCUGUAUUCUUUAUCCUGUGUUCCGUAAUUUUGAUCUCGCAUUUUAUAAAAAAAAAAUUAUUUUUCCUUAUUUAAAAUUGUUAGAUCCUGUCCCGAAAUAUUUCCCUGUUAAACCGUCCUAACAAACUUUUCUGUAAUAAUUCUAGAUCUCAACCUCUGCAUGUGAGCGGAUUUGAUAAGUUCUACGCAUUUUUAAAAAAAAUUCAACGAUAAUAAUAGACAUCGCAAUCGUUAUUUAAGAACUGUUCGUAGGUAAAUCUGUUCUGUGUAUGAAAUCAAAAAUCAAAAUUUAAUAAAAUAUGUUAAAGUUAUAUUGUAAUGCUUUGUCUUGGUUGUAAAUACGGGAACCCGGAACCGAUCAAAUUUGAUAAAAUAUUAAAUUUUGUUUUUAAAUCAACACAAACUUCUGAUACUAUUUAAUGAUGCUAUUUAAAAAUUUUGAUCGGUUACGCUGAUUGCCCUGCAAAAUAAUGCAUAUUGUAAUUAUCCUGUCUUGUUAAGCUCGGUGCAAUGAGAUACCACUUAAAGGGACAGAAAAAGCGUUAUUUCAUUUGAUCUUCCACGCACAAAGGGUAAGGCCCGAUUUAUAAUGAGAACAGAGAUAUGUGUGUGUAAACUCAUCAAAACCCACGUGUAUUCAGCUGCGAAUUCCGGUGUGCGUUGCGUACAGUCUGACCUCAACACGUUGCCCUCUUUUAAUGGAGGGUCAUUUGAACUAACGCUUACAGUCCCUUUAAACUCAGUGCAGUGAUAAUACCUGACCGCUUAAACAUUAAAAUUAUAAUUUUGUUUUAGUCACUUUCUUUACUUAUUCCGGGUUUCAAAAUUUGUAAUAUUUUUAAAAUUGUGACUUUUUUUGAUUCUCCUUUUUUAUACUUAUAAUCUUAGUAUAUUGGCUUUCAUGUUGUAGUCCAUAUCUUUGUUUUACAAAUAAUGGUGUUCAAGUCCAUUAAAAUUUAAAGAAAUGAUUUAAAUUUCCAUUUCAACUGGCAAACUACUUGAAGAUCAACAUCUGGUUCUCAGGCUUAAUCUGAGACAUUUUUAAUGACAAUUUUUCUUACUAGAACAUUCGGGGAAUUUUUAAAGCAAUAUUCUCAAAUAAUCUGUGAGUAUCUACAUGUUUUCAACUGAACCCAUACUAUUUAGAGGCAAAUUCCUUAUCGCAAUAUUCUCAAAUAAUCUUUGAGUAUCUACAUGUUUUCAACUGAUUCCAUAUUAUUCAGGGGUACGAUAAAACGCAUAUUCCUUGUAGCACAAUUGUCCAGUGUCAUAAACUACUAUAUUCAAAUGCAUUUAGUUUGUGUACAAUAUACAUUAUAAAUGAAUUCUUCGUGUUAUUUUUUUUUAAUAAAAUCCGCUGGUAUUUAUUCUGCAUUCCAUAACAGUAGUACAGAUUUAAAAAUAGAUGUAUUAAUAAACAUUCAAGUCCA